AUGGCAGAAAUUAUUGGUCCCGUAGUGCAACUUGGUCAGUGGUUGUGGAGUCCAGCAAAGCGUGGAUUGGGUUACAUGGUUCAUUACAAGAGAAACAUAGAGUCUCUCAACCUUCAAAUUGAAAAGCUUCAAGUAAUAAAAAAUGGUAAUCAAAAUUUAGUUGAUGCGUUUCAACUAAAUGGAGAAGAAGUCAAGCCUGAGAUUCAAAUGUGGCUACAAGAUGCGAAUAAGGCCAUAGCAGAUGCUGCACAAUUAACUGGUGAAGUUGCAGCGAGUAAAAAUUGCAUCAGCGGGAUGUGCCCGGAUUUGAGAUGGCGUUACAAUUUAGGAAAGAAAGCAAUGGAGGAGAAAGAAGCAGUAAACAAGCUACUAGAAAAGAGAGAUUUUCAAACAAUUUCUGUUCAAGUUCCACAUCCCAUUGAAAUUGAGUCCACAAUGUCAACUGAUGGUUUUCAAGCAUUUGGAUCUACAAGCAGAGCCAUGGAUCAAGUCAUGACAGCGCUGAAAGAUAAUAAGGUCACUGUGAUUGGGGUCUAUGGAAUGGGAGGUGUAGGCAAAACAACCAUGGUGAAACAGGUUGGUGCACAAGCCCGUAAAGAUAAACUCUUUGAUCAUGUGAUUAUGGCUGUCUUUAGCCAAAACCCCGACUUGAUGAAGAUUCAAGGCCAACUUUCAGAUAUGUUGGGCUUGAAAUUUCAGGUGGAAACAGAAUUGGGAAGAGCAGGUAGUUUGAAGCAGAGGAUACUAAGUGGAAAAAAGACCCUUAUAAUCUUGGAUGACAUUUGGAAUGCUUCACAAACUACUUUGACUAGCAUUGGAAUUCCCAGCCCCAUUGAACUGCAAGGACACAAAUCCAAAGUCCUGAUAACCACAAGGAGAUUGAAUGUUUGUCACGGCAUGGAGUGCAAUGUAAAAGUACAUCUCAAUGUCCUAUCUGAAGAAGAAUCCUGGAACUUGUUUGCGAAGAAAGCAAGAAAGUCUUUUGAAUCAGUCAUUUUCUAUAAUGUGGCGAGAAAGGUAGCUCGUGAAUGUGCUGGUCUUCCAAUUGCAUUGAUAGCAGUUGCAGGUUCACUUGGAGAUAAAGACUUUGAUGAGUGGAAAGAAGCAGCUCGACGACUGGAGAUGUCCCAGCCUGCCAACCUUGAAGACGACGGAGAUGUGUUCAAAUGUAUAAAGUUAAGCUAUGACUACUUGAAAAGCGAGGAUGCCAAGUCAUGCUUCUUGCUUUGCUCCCUAUUCGCAGAAGACAGUAAUAUCGCCAUACAAGACUUGUUUAGUUACGGGUUUGGGUUGGGAUUGUUUCGAGAUGGCAAGACAUUGGAAGGAGCCAGAGCCAAAGCACGUUCAGUGACCAAGUACCUUAAAGCUUCCAGCUUGCUUUUGGACGGGAUAAGCGAAAAAUUUGUGAGAAUGCAUGAUGUCAUACGAGAUAUGGCCAUAUUAAUUGCAUCAUCAUCAGAACAUGGCCAUCGGUUUUUGGUAAAAGCCGGUUGGGAAUUAAAUGUCUGGCCAAAUGAUACAGAUGAAGGCUGCUCAGCAAUCUCGCUAAAGGAUAACUGUAUAAGAAAGCUUCCUGAUGAGUUGGUAUGCCCAAAACUCCAAAUUUUACUUCUAAAUCAUAAUUCUACAGUAGAGGAGAUCCCAGAAGCUUUUUUCCAGAGUCUGAAUGCAUUAAGGGUCUUAGACCUUACCGAAACUUCUAUUUCAAUACUACCCUCAUCGUUCGAUUUCCUAAUAAACCUCCAAACAUUGCAUCUAGAUCACUGUCAGUCCUUAAAGGACAUGUCCGUACUCGGAAAACUAAAGAAACUUGAGAUUCUUAGUCUGAGAUCCUCUAGUUUUAAAAAAUUUCCAGAAGAAAUAGGAAACUUGGCCAAUCUGAGGUUGUUGGAUUUGAGUUGGAAUUCAGAGAUAAACAUAAUUCCAUCGAAAGUGAUAUCUAGGUUGUCUAGGUUAGAGGAACUACUCAUGGAAGGUAGUUUUGGAGACUGGGGCGGUAAAGUUGAAGGGGCAGGGGAAAGAAUUAAUGCUGGCUUCGAUGAGUUAACUUGCUUGUCGUACUUAAACAUUUUGUUUGUUCAAAUUUAUAAUGUAGAAUGCAUUCCUAAAGAUGUUGAGUUCCUUCCAAAUUGGGAAAAAUUCUUCAUAUGGAUCAGGACGGAAUCAGUCUCGAUGCAUCAUCAUUUUCUGCAUUCAGAUUGUCCAAGACAAUUGGUCCUCGAGACAACAAUCGAUACCUUGCCGAGUUGGUUUAACAGUGUGGUGAUCGAGAGAACAGAGAAAAUAUUUUAUAGCUUGUGCAGGGGAUUAAAUAACUUUCUUGUGGAAUAUGCCACGGAGAGAUUACAUGGAUUGAUUUCUCUUAGUGUCGAAGAGUGCAAUCACAUGCCAAGUUUGAUGAAUACAACCACAACAUUGGUUCCAAAUAGACCUGUGCUGGAGAAGUUGGAAGAGUUGUAUGUCAAUAGGUUGAAUGACUUAAAAGAGUUAUGUGUUGGUGACUUACCGCAUGGAUCUCUAGGCAAUCUCAAGUCAUUGAGGGUGGAAGAUUGUAAAGCCUUGGAGGGCACACUUCUUCAAUAUGCAAUCUUCCAUAAUCUUAAGGUUUUGACAGUAUCUGGGUGUAUGAAAUUGAAGACCAUUUUCACAACAGACGCAUCUCACUGUCUUAUGCAACUGGAACUGGAAGAGCUACGAGUAGAUAAUUGCUCUAGUUUGGAGACAAUUAUUGGAGCAAGCGAGGGAGCAUUGGAGGACAAGAUCAUUUUUCCGCAACUGAGAUGCAUAUCUUUGCAAGGUCUUCCAGAAUUGAAAAGCUUUUAUAGUGGUGGAAGUGGUGGUGUUGAGUGCCCUUCAUUGGAAUACUUGUAUGUGCACGGGUGCCAUAGCCAAUUUUCAAUCUCUGCUUCUGACUUCCAUAGCCAGAAGCCAGUCCAAGUAGAUACUGGGCGCUUUCCGGUGAAAAGCAUGUUUUACCAUACUAUUUUAGGUGCACCCGCAAGUUCGAUAGAGACUGCCUAG